GCGGAGUCUCCAAAGCCAGAGUUCCAAGUUCAAAGUUCAGAACAAUGGACUCUCCUUGAAAACUCCAUCACCGUAUCUUCUCAUCUCCUCCUCUCUUGCUUAUAUCCUGCACUCUCCCCCCUCUCCAGAGAGAGGGGGGGAGGGAGAGAGAGCGAGGAAAAGAGAUGGCCACAAGUGCUAGUAGGGUGGUCGCGGGAAAGGAGUUGGGAGUGAUCAGCGAAGCCUCGUCCCCUCUCAAGCAGUAUAAUGGCCUAAGGCCUUUGCUGGGGAGCAAGCAGAUGGCUUCCUGUGCUGUGAGGAAACCAAAUGGGUCCUUUCCUUCGGUGCCAUCUCUUAAAUCUCUAAGGAUAAGAGCUGUGGCUUCCCCAACUGUUGCCGCUCCAAAGCGAGAGAAGGAUCCCAAGAAAAGGAUAGUGGUGACUGGGAUAGGCCUGGUCUCGGUCUUUGGGAGUGACAUUGAUACAUUCUACAACAAGCUCUUGGAAGGACAGAGUGGGAUUAGCCUGAUCGACCGAUUUGAUGCUUCUUCUUACUCUGUCCGGUUCGGUGGACAGAUCCGGGACUUCUCCUCGAAAGGCUACAUUGAUGGGAAGAAUGAUCGCCGGCUCGAUGACUGCUGGAGAUAUUGCCUAGUUGCUGGCAAAAGAGCUCUUGAUGAUGCUAACCUCGGACCAGAAGUCCUGCAAUCUAUGGACAGGUCGAGGAUUGGAGUGCUGGUAGGGUCAGGCAUGGGUGGUUUAACGGCUUUCAGCAAUGGAGUUGAGGCUCUGAUCCAAAAGGGUUACAAGAAAAUUACUCCUUUCUUCAUUCCUUACUCCAUCACAAACACGGGAUCGGCAUUGUUGGCUAUAGAAACAGGAUUAAUGGGACCAAACUACUCCAUUUCCACAGCAUGUGCAACUGCGAACUACUGCUUUUAUGCUGCUGCCAAUCACAUAAGGAGAGGUGAAGCUGACAUUAUGGUUGUUGGAGGAACAGAGGCGGCAAUCCUGCCUACCGGAGUUGGUGGAUUCAUUGCGUGCAGGGCACUGUCACAAAGAAAUGAUGAACCACAGAAAGCUUCGAGGCCUUGGGACAAAGACCGAGAUGGUUUCGUCAUGGGAGAGGGAUCUGGUGUCCUCAUUAUGGAGAGCCUGGAGCAUGCAAGAAAGAGGGGUGCAGCUAUAAUUGCAGAGUAUCUUGGAGGUGCCAUAACCUGUGAUGCGCAUCAUAUGACUGAUCCUCGUUCUGAUGGACUUGGAGUCUCUUCUUGCAUUGUCAAGAGUUUGGAAGAUGCAGGAGUCUCCCCCGAGGAGGUGAAUUAUGUCAAUGCUCAUGCAACAUCAACACUUGCUGGAGAUUUAGCAGAAGUUAAUGCCAUCAAGAAGGUUUUCAAAGACACAUCUGAAAUGAAAAUGAAUGGAACAAAGUCGAUGAUUGGGCAUUGCCUUGGAGCUGCUGGUGGACUGGAAGCAAUUGCAACCAUCAAAGCUAUCACAACAGGCUGGCUGCAUCCAACUAUCAACCAAAAUAACUUGGAGCCUGAUGUCACCAUCGACACCGUCCCCAAUGUAAAGAAGAAGCAUGAGGUUAAUGUUGCCAUCUCUAAUUCGUUUGGUUUCGGGGGUCACAAUUCUGUGGUUGUUUUUGCUCCCUUCAUGCCUUAAGAACCAAGAGGAGCUGUCUCUUCUAGUCCCAAGAUGUUUCCAGUUCCUUUUUAAUGCCGGAUGGAGAGUUCUUAUCAGAUCAAAAAUAUAUUUUGAUGAGCCCUUUGAGAUUGUUGCUCGUUCUGCAUGUCUUGUACUUCCCCAUCAAGAUGAACUGAAAUUAGUGUGUUACAACUCUCAGUUCUGAAUAAAAUUGUUGAGCAAUUCUUUUCAA